AUGCAGGUCACUGCUCUUGACGAGCGGUACAAGCUAUCUGAAAGCCGUGACUAUGAGGUCAAAGUCGCAUUCCUCCAGCUGGCGAUCCCUACUGGGUGCAAGUGCUACUUCAACGAGGUUGAGAAAUGCUUGAAGCAGGUGGGAAGGAUGAAGUACCUCCGUCCGCUCUACAGCUCACUGGCCAAGUGCUCCAGCGAGGAGAAGAUGCUGGCCCAGAGGAUCUUCUCGGAGGCUCAAGAGUUCUACCACCCAAUAGCUCGCAGUGUCGCGGAGUCCAUUUUGUCGAAGCAUAGCUAA